AUGAAGAUAACAGAUAUAGUGACAACAGUCACCAGAUCAAUCAACAUCGAUGGUUUCAAAGGGAUAUCGGCGGUUGUAUUGGAUCGUCUAACACAUCUGACAAUGAAAGACAAGAUUGUGUGUGGUUCAAUUAUAGUCUAUUCUUUACUUAUGGCUGAAUAUAUACAUGAUCGUGAUAAAUAUUGUUCAGUAUUUUUGAAUGAUGAUGAAGCUGCCAAACAACUAUUGACAACCAUGUAUGAAAAAACGGUCAAUUAUACGGCACAAGUAUUAGAUAAUGCCCCACAAGUCAAAGGAUUGCUUGCCUUGAUGCGUGACAACAAGUCAUUUGCCAAGAGAUUGUCUAAAGACCCUAAUGUGGCAAUGAUGACCUAUUCAAUCUUUGUUACUCAAUCUGUUACCUUUAGUCUACUCGCAAAGCAAUUGUGGAGUGACACAAAGAUUAACGUUGCUUAUUUUGAAGCAUCCUAUCUCUUUCAAGAGGAUUUAAAGGAAAUCCUCUUAAUUCUAUGUCAAUAUUGUCCAGUAGAACUGAUACCUUGGGAUUUGUUGAGAAAAUAUGCACUUGCAAAUGAUAAUGCAUGGUCGGUAAGAAUCGAUUCUGUUGAAAUGAUAGCAUCGACUAUUAUCAAUAGAGGUGGGUGUCCUGGUGACACCACAGAUGGUGCAGAGCUUUCACUGGCACUAUUCUAUUCAUUCAUUGAAUCACGGUUUGACCAAUCGUCACCUCAAAUUAGAUUGGCUGCUGCAAUACUGUCUAAUCAACUGCUUGCCGAGAAGGGUCAAGAUCAAUUAUCGCUCAAGGUAUUAAAAUGUGUUAAUUUGUACUCUGAUCAAAAGGUAUCCAUCUUUGGUGCAAAGAAUAUUCUUUGCAAGGAAGAGUAUCUCUUGGAAUCAUUGUUAUCGGUUGCUUCAUUAGCCUGUCGAUUCACAACACCAUUGUCAUUGUUUGGUGCCCAUGUCUGUAAAAAGAUAUCACUUUCACUUGUUGGAUUGGGUAGUAACCUAUUGACCAGAAUGAUAUCGGUCCCAUUCACUGUAGCCAUUCCAGAGAUGGCUCUCUAUCUUUUCCUGUGUUCUGGUAAUCCUCUAUCCUAUGGUCUCAUCUUCAUUACCAAAAGACUUCCAUUCCAACUAUGCUUUCACCGUAUCUAUCACAAUCCAAAAAAAAGAAUGAAUCUAUUAUAUGCCAUUUAUCAAUCAGAACAAAAGAAAAUCAAACAACAACAACAACAAAAACAAUCAGAACAAGUUCAACAAACAGAACAACAACAACUACAACCAGAACAACAAUAA